AUGGCUUUAGCACUAACAAACAAGUCAUCCAUUUUGAUUAUUGGAGGAGGAACAUGGGGGUGCUCGACGGCAUUGCACCUCGCCCGUCGCGGUUAUCAGGAAGUCACAGUGCUCGACGCCUACCCCAUCCCUUCCCCUAUCUCUGCAGGCAAUGAUGUCAACAAGAUGGUGGAGCAAGGGUCUUUUAGCGAUGGUGACGAAGAGGCUGCGGUCGCAAAUGCCUUGCUUGUGAUAGCAGCUGAUGGAUGGAGCAGUGAUCCAGUAUUCUCUCCCUUUUAUCACGACACGGGCUAUAUUGUCGCGGCUUCAUCUCCGCAGGUCUUGCAGCAUCUGAAUGACCGUGAGAUCCGCCACCACGAGUCGUCUUUCAAGAAGCUAGAGAUUGCUGAAGAUUUCCAGUCAACAAUGCCUCCGGGUGUCCUGACUGGUAAAUUUCCCAACUGGCAAGGCUGGUUUAAGCCCAGCGGAGCAGGCUGGGUUCAUGCUCGUAAAGCCCUGGUUUCAGCAUACAAUGAAGCAAAGAAGUUAGGGGUCGUCUUCAUCAGCGGUGAACCAGAGGGCAAGGUUGUAUCUUUGGUCCUGGACGAUGGAGAUGUGCGUGGAGCCAAGACAGCGGACGGCAAACAGUAUUCCGCUGACCGCAUCAUAUUGGCAGCAGGGGCUUAUGCGCCUCAAUUAUUGGAUUUUGAAAACCAGCUGCGACCGACAGCCUGGACUUUGGGUCAUAUAAAAAUGACCAAAGAAGAGGUAAAGCUGUACAAAAAUCUUCCAGUAUUGUUCAACAUCGAGAAAGGAUUCUUCAUGGAGCCAGACGAAGACAACCACGAACUAAAACUCUGCGACGAGCAUCCAGGCUAUUGCAACUGGGUCGAACAACCGGGUUCAUCAAUGCCGAUGUCUGUACCUAUUGCCAAGAAUGAGAUACCAAUCACAUCCGAGAAAAGAAUGAGAGACUUCUUAAAAGACUGCAUGCCACACCUCGCUGAUCGUCCUUUUGUUCAUGCACGUGUUUGUUGGUGCGUGGACACCCCGAAUCGAGCCUUUCUGAUCACAUACCAUCCUCGAUACCCCUCACUGGUGGUGGCCUCAGGCGACUCGGGGCAUGGCUUCAUGCAUAUCCCUUCCAUAGGUGGCUUCAUCGUUGAUUGUAUGGAGGACAAGCUGGAUCCCAGAUUUGCAAAGUCGUGGAGAUGGAGACCAGAGACUGCCAAGGCAUUCUGGGGCCAUGACACGCUGAAUAGGUGGGGUGCUAACAACAAGAUUCUGGAUUUGAAGGACACUGAGGUUGACGGGUGGACUGAAAUCAAUACGAUUCUAUGA